AUGGCAAAGUGUCUCGCCGCCGCGCUCCUGCUACUGGCGGUGCUCGCGUCCUGCGACGGGAGGGAACUGAACGAGAAGGUUGCAGCGACACACGGUGCCGGCGUCGGCGAGUCCAAGGCGAUGGGGUUGCCGGACUUGCCAGCUGUGACGCUCCCCACGGCCCCGACGCUCCCGACGCUCCCCACGGCCCCGACGCUCCCCACACUCCCGACGCUCCCGACGCUCCCCACACUCCCGACGCUCCCGCUGGUGGGAACCAUUACCGGUACCAGUACAAUUACCGGCCCGGUGGUGGCGCUUCCGGCGACCCCUGCUCACCCUUGA